AUGAAAGGCACUGAUGUUGCCGCCGCCACAUUGAUUGAGGUGUUAAACAACAGCAUUGAUAAAGUAGACUCUGACUUAAUCAUCCCAAAUGGUGCAUCUGGACUGAACACGGCGGUUACAAAGCGAUAUGGUUCGGUGACUGCAAUAAAGGUGCUUGAGCUAUACAAUGAGGCACUCAAGGAAUUCUUUUUGGUGUCUAGUCUUAUCAGCUGUGACUAUCAUCGGUUUUAUGGCUAUGGAGUGGAGAAGCGUAAAGGCAGUGAGGAUGAAAAGACGGAAGUUAGCGCUUCUGAAAAGUCCGAUUAA